GAGGUGACUCAUAAAAGGGAUCACUAGAUGAAGUGAUCCAAAAAUAUACAAGGUAAGGUAUUUAAAGGAGUACAUCGGACGAGGUGACUCAUAAAGGGGAUACAUCAGACAAGGUGAUCCAAAAAUAUGCCAGAUAAGGCAUUAGGGAAUGCAUCAAAUAAGGUGACUCAUGAAGGGGAUACACUAAACAAGGUGACCCAAAAUAUGCCAGACGAGGCAUUUAAAGGAGUGCACCGGAUGAGGGUGAUCCAUGUCGGACAAGGCAUUAAAAGGAGUACAUCAGAUGAGGUGACUCAUGAAAGGGAUGCACCAAACAAGGAUUGUCACGCCCCAGAACCCAAAUCCGAGGACGCGACAGACGCCGUGCACUCGUAAGACGGGUCCCACAAGUGCACAAGGCUCGAAACUUAUCCAAAUCACAAAAUCUCAUGAAUAAAAUCAACCUUACAAAAGGAUGAUAAAAUCUAAA